UAGAGGAAGAAAUCUCGCGAUAGGAGGCCGGCCGGGGCGGGGGUGACACCUCUUCCCUCCUCCUCGCGUUAGUUCCGGUCGCAGAGGAGACACCGCUGCAGUUGCCGCCACAUCGGGGAUUUCUGGCUCUCUUCUCUUCGCCUUAAAUUCGGGUGUCUUUUAUGAAUAAUCAAAAGCAGCAAAAGCCAACGCUAUCAGGCCAGCGUUUUAAAACCAGAAAAAGAGAUGAAAAAGAGAGGUUUGACCCUACUCAGUUUCAAGACUGUAUUAUUCAAGGCUUAACUGAAACUGGUACUGAUUUGGAAGCAGUAGCAAAGUUUCUUGAUGCUUCUGGAGCAAAACUCGAUUACCGCCGAUAUGCAGAAACUCUCUUUGACAUUCUGGUGGCCGGCGGAAUGCUGGCCCCAGGUGGUACACUGGCAGAUGACAUGAUGCGUACAGAUGUCUGUGUGUUCGCAGCACAAGAAGACCUAGAGACCAUGCAAGCAUUUGCUCAGGUUUUUAACAAGUUAAUCAGGCGCUACAAAUACCUGGAGAAAGGUUUUGAAGAUGAAGUAAAAAAGCUGCUGCUGUUCUUAAAGGGUUUUUCAGAGUCGGAGAGGAACAAGCUGGCUAUGUUGACUGGUGUUCUUCUGGCUAAUGGAACACUUAAUGCAUCCAUCCUUAAUAGCCUUUAUAAUGAGAAUUUGGUUAAAGAAGGAGUUUCAGCAGCUUUUGCUGUAAAGCUCUUUAAAUCAUGGAUAAAUGAAAAAGAUAUCAAUGCAGUAGCUGCAAGUCUUCGGAAAGUCAGCAUGGAUAACAGACUGAUGGAACUUUUUCCUGCCAAUAAACAAAGCAUUGAACACUUCACGAAGUAUUUUACUGAGGCAGGCUUGAAAGAGCUUUCAGAAUAUGUUCGGAAUCAGCAAACCAUCGGAGCUCGUAAGGAGCUCCAGAAAGAACUUCAAGAACAGAUGUCCCGUGGUGAUCCAUUUAAGGAUAUAAUUUUAUAUGUCAAGGAGGAGAUGAAAAAAAACAACAUCCCAGAGCCAGUUGUCAUCGGAAUAGUCUGGUCAAGUGUAAUGAGCACUGUGGAAUGGAACAAAAAAGAGGAGCUUGUAGCAGAGCAAGCCAUCAAGCACUUGAAGCAAUACAGCCCUCUACUUGCUGCCUUUACUACUCAAGGUCAGUCUGAGCUGACUCUGUUACUGAAGAUUCAGGAGUAUUGCUAUGACAACAUUCAUUUCAUGAAAGCCUUCCAGAAAAUAGUGGUGCUUUUUUAUAAAGCUGAAGUCCUGAGUGAAGAGCCCAUUCUGAAGUGGUAUAAAGAUGCACAUGUUGCAAAGGGGAAAAGUGUCUUCCUUGAGCAAAUGAAAAAGUUUGUAGAGUGGCUCAAAAAUGCUGAAGAAGAAUCUGAGUCUGAAGCUGAAGAAGGUGACUGAAUUUUGAAACUACACCCUCAGUAAAGCAAACAGGAGUUGUAGAUAAAAUGUCGUGUCUCAUGUGUCCUGGUUCUUACAUCUUCCUACCUCCCUAUAUCAAGCAUGAUAUAAGGGCUUUCAUGGCAAAUUUUAUUUUAACUGUUUCUAUGGUUACUGGAAAUGUUGGGUUUAGUUUCUAAAACCAUGUUUUAAGUAGCUACAGGAGCUAUAGAUUUGAAUCUAAUGUUGCAUUAGUCUUUUCAGUUAUCUUCUACCUCCUGUAUUUUCUACUGUAAUAAUGUAAUUUAAGGCCUUCCACAAUGAACAGUUCACUUUAUUCCCUGGGUUUUCUAUAUAAACAGUUUUCAAGAUAUGAUUUGGUUAAAAAUAAUUUGUUAUAAAAAUUCUGUUUGCAAAUUAAACUGUAAAAGUAUCCAAAGUCUCAAAA